AAAAGACCUGUGGAUGUUUUAUAAUAUUAUUUGAGGUGUGGCUGAAGACUCUCAGUCGUCAUCAUCAUCAUCAUCAUCAUCAUCAAUACUGAGUGGGAGGUGGUGGGGAACUACAGGGAGCGGCUCCCAGCAGUUUAUGGCCCCUGGCAGAGAGUAAAGUCCUCCUGUUGGAGCUGCAGUCGUCAGAUUGACAAGAAGUCGGUGCAGUAGAGAGACGAGACUCUCCAACACGCCAAUCAGUUUCUGACUUCACCCAGCGAGGCCUUCUGACCCUGCUCUCGUUACACAUUUUGAAGGCAUCAUUGUUUUGUUCCAGCUGGAUUUUAUUUUUUUUCCGUGUCUCUUUGUUGUUUCAAAAGUUUUCUGGAGAAGUUACCACCAUGUCGACGGCUGUGGAAGCGACCGGGUUUAUCAUGUGCCUGUUGAGCUGGCUCGUCACCGGAGCCGCGCUGGUUAACGACUACUGGAAGAUCUCCACCGUGUCCGGCGGCGUCAUCAUCUCCCAGAGGCUGUUUGAAAACCUGUGGCACUCCUGCGCCGAAAACAGCGCCGGCAUCGCCGAGUGCAGAGACUUUGAAUCACUGCUGGCCCUGCCUGCUCACGUGCAGGCGAGUCGCGCCCUGAUGAUCAUCUCUCUGCUGUUCGGCCUCGGCUCCAUGAUCGUCGCUCUGCUCGGACUCAAGUGCAUCAAGAUCGGCUCUGCCACCGACCAAUCAAAGGCCAAGAUCGCCGUCACCGGAGGGAUCCUGAGCAUCCUCGCUGGUCUGUGCUGCAUGAUUUCGGUUUCCUGGUACGCCUACAGAGUCGUGCAGGACUUCUAUGAUCCGUUCUAUGGUGGCAUGAAGUUCGAGUUGGGUACUGGUCUGUACCUGGGAUGGGGUGGAGCCUGCCUGGGUAUGCUGGGUGGAUGUCUUCUCUGCACCGCCUGUCGGAGGGCAUCGGCUGGGGGCAAGAAAGGGGCUUACUAUGGAAACCCUCCGAAGAAGGUCUACACGGCCACCGCCAAGUCUGAUCCCGACGCAGCCAGAGCUUACGUCUAAACACGCGUGUCUCGUGAUGUGGACACUUAAGGACAUUGUGUCAGCUGACAUCCAACUCAGAUGUGAGGACAGACAACUAAUGUCAGACGACCCGUGGAUGAUAUUCUUCUGUUCUCUUGAAACAUUUUGCUCAUUUUUUUAAAGAGUUUUUGAGGUGGAAUUGUAAACCUGAAUCUUAGGAAUACCUGAGGAUUUGUAGAUGAUUGUGUAAUUCUCUUAGGAGUUUGUUGUUGUCUGAAUAAAAUUUGUACUACAUGAC